AUGGAAGCAGUGGAUACCAAUGAAUAUCAAGAGUCUAAGCUUAAAAAUCAAUUAUAUUCAUCACAAAUGAAAGAAAAUAAGAUAUCCACGCUGAUUGAAAACCCGCAAAUCAGUAAAACUCUCUCAAGACCUUUAAUUCAUGAUAAUAGUGAAACUAAUACACCUUCUUCUCAAGAUGGAACCCAGAAAAAUAACAGUACUCUGUUGGAUACUUCCGCUAUGAAAAUCAAUACCAAGAGAUUAUCUGAGUUUUCAAGAAUUAAUCUUCCGGGAAAAUGUAAUUCUAAAAAACAAUUAGAUUUACAAAAAAUGAAAAAAAUUUCAAUAUCUACUUUACAAAUGCCAAUGAAAGUAAAUAGAACUUGUUUAAGCUCCUUGAUUCGUGCAACAAAUCAAAGUCUUCCGGCACUUUCUCGAGACAAGCCACAAGAAUCCGACAACAAUAAAUUACCAACUUCUGCUACUGGAGCAUUUUCUGAAGAUUUACCUGAGUUUUCUGCCUACUUAAAUACAUCGAGAAUAAAGACAAUGGGAACAUUUUUGGACGCAUUAAAUAACGAGAAGUACAACUAA